UUUAUCCCUCUGCGACUAAAAGAUCUUCCACCCAAUCAAGUACCUACCUCUGGUGACUGGACCCUUGACAAAGACGAACUCGAGGGUCUCUUCAGCCCCAAAACCAAGCAACUUGUGCUAAAUAACCCCCACAACCCCCUCGGCAAAGUGUUCAAACUUGAAGAACUCCAACACAUCGCGGAUUUGUGCAAGAAGUGGAACGUGUUAUGUAUUUCUGACGAAGUCUACGAAUGGAUUGUCUACAAACCCAAUAAACAUAUACGAAUCGCUACUCUUCCUGGAAUGUGGGACAGGACUAUCACUAUUGGUUCGGCUGGGAAAACCUUCAGUGUCACUGGGUGGAAGCUAGGAUGGGCCUAUGGUCCUUCCAAUUUGCUCUACAAUUUGCAAAUGGUCCACCAGAAUUCUGUCUACACUGGAAACACACCCAUCCAGGAAGUUGUAGCUAUUGGGUUGGAAAAGGAGCUCGAAUGUCUAGAUCGGGAUGAUUGUUAUUUUAAUUCUAUUUCGUCGGAGCUGGUGGUUAAGAGGGACUUUAUGGUUAAGGUUUUGUGUGAGGUUGGAAUGAAGCCCACGGUUCCAGAAGGUGGUUAUUUUAUGGUGGCGGACUGGACACCACUGGAGUUCCAGAUUGAUCUUAGUUCGGAAAAGGAUAAAUGGAAGGACUAUCGUUUUACCAAGUGGAUGACCAAGAAUCUGGGUUUGCAGGGGAUACCACCGUCUGCGUUUUACACCGAGAGGGAUAAGAGUUUAGCUGAAAAUUUUGUGCGAUAUUGCUUCUUCAAGAAACACGAAAAUUUGGAAGAGGCUGCCAGAAUUUUGAAGAAGUGGAAGUCUUAAUAUGUAUUCAAGGAAAAGUUUUUGCUGGAACUUUUAUCUACUAUUAAAUAAUUGAUGAUUAUUAUUAUUAAUAAUAAAAAAAUUUUCGCAUCGAUAACCCACUAUACAAAUGUAAUAGACAUUUCUAGUAGCGCCCUCCAGUGGCCAGUUCGAAAACUACAUUUUUCAAAAUAAUGGUUUGUGCUGUGAUUUGCUAGUUCAUUUUAGUGAUUACAGAAACUAAUGACUAUAUCGCGGUAACAAAAUUUGAUGAUGAUGUCGUCGAUUAAGUCAUUAUCUAUUUAAAAUUUAUCAUGUCGGCAACCCACUAUACAGAAGAUGUAGCCUUCCAAGUCGCGCCCUCCAUUAUCCAGUUCUAAAACUAUGUAUUCUGUACCGAAGAGACCAAGGGGUUCUUGUUUUGAGCAUUUUAGCAUUAUUGAUGUUAAUUAAUUCAUUUCUGAAACAAGAACCUGAAAUAGUUGCUAAUUUGAGCAUUAGUUAUUUUAUCAACUAAUCAAUGAAAAUGUAUUACCAACAAAACACAUAAAUAAACCUCAUAGUAAAUAA